AUGUUUAGAGCGAGCUUGCUUAUACUAAUCCUAUCGGUUGUGACUUCUUUUCCAACUGAGUACUCAACCGAAGCCACUAAAGAGUAUUUCUUUCUAAACGCGGCAUUGUUUUCCACUCCAGCUUCGGUUUGUGUAGAUAAAUACAUCGAUACGGAAGGAGAGUGGAAGAUUAUUGAUAGGAAAACUGUAAGUAAUCCUAGUGUCGUUAAGAUUUUGUGUAGGAUAGUAUUUGCGAUUACCUGAACCAAACUUGUGGCUAUCUUGUCCUUCGUUCGGAUGUCUACAGAGAAUACAUCGUUGUCUACAGAGGAUCCAUUGGUGAGAUAUUCAAAGCGGAGUGUAAAUUGCAUUGUAUUACUUUACAGGCAGACAAGUUGAAGGAGAGGUGGAAGAGACGUUUUUACCUCAAGUUCGUUUGGCUGGCGGUAGAGUUCAUCUUUAUUUCUACACAGCGCAGAACUCCACAUGGCAAGUGUCUCGUUUUUAUUGUUUAUAUCUUCUUUCAGGGGUCUUGUAUCCGGUAUUUUGAAAACGGAAGGUACUAAGGAUUACACGGUAGUAUUUACUGGCCAUUCCUUGGGCGGUGCUGCCUCUGUAAUCAGUGCGGCAAGAGCGGUUGAGGAAGGUUUGAAGAAUGGAAGUCAGGUAUGUUGAUAACUCGUAGAUAAAUGACGCAUGCUUUUUAAUAGGUUGCCAUCUGGACUUUUGGUCAGCCUCGAGUUGGUAACUCAGAGUUCUCCACCUACAUCGACGAUACAUUUGAUGUUGUUUAUCGCGUCGUAAACAGAAGGGAUAUUGUUCCUCACAUCCCACCAUGCUUUGCCAAAGGACUUACUGGCUGUUUCCCUGCAACCUUUGGAUACUAUCACGAGAUCACUGAAGUCUGGUACCCAGAGGGCCUUUAUGAACUUAACAGUACUUAUCAAGUAUGGCGUUACGAACUUUUUCCGUAAUUCGUUUAGAUUUGCACGAACGGAGGGGAAGAUCCAUCAUGCUCAAACAGUUUGAUCGCCAACUACAGUUGGGACGAUCAUGCCGGCGCUGAGGGGUAUUUUAAUAUUGAUCCGGCUGUUUAUGGUUCCGCAAAUUGCCAGGAUUAA